GUCUUUUUAUUCAACAAUUUACGCUCGCCCCCAAUUAGUUCCCAAAUCUGCAAUCUCUUUCGAUCACUCGGAAAAAGCCAUGCCCCUAUCCCCUGAUGUCCAGGGCGACCAAGGCCAGAUCCUGGUCCGCCUGAAGCGGCCCCAUUCGUCCUCGUCGGAAGACCCUAGCCAGGACCAGAACCUAACCCUAACCCCUGUCACGGCUGAAGACCUUGAUGUCCAGGGCGGCCAGCACCAGGAGCCGGACCCGGUCCAGGUCCAGCCGGCGAAGCCCUCUGGAGACCCUGAUGUUCCGGGCGGCGAGCACCAUGACCCGGACCCGGCCAUGCCCCUAUCCCCUAUCGAGGUCCGCCUGAAGCGGCACCAUUCGUCCUUGUUCGACUCUGAUGUUGCGAAGCGGCCCCGUUCGUCCUUGUUCUCUGAAGACCCUGAUGUUCCGGGCGGCCAGCACCACGACCCGGACCCGGCCAUGCCCCUAUCCCCUAUAGUGGUCCGCCUGAAGCGGCACAAUUCGUCCUUGUUCGAAGACCGUAUACAUGACCAGAACCUAACCCCUGUCACGGAAGACUCUGAUGUUGCGAAGCGGCCCCGUUCGUCCUUAUCCUCUGAAGACCCUGAUGUCCAGGGCGGCCAGCACCAGAACCCGGACCCGGUCCAGCCCGUGAAGCCCUCAGAACCAGUAAGCCGUACGCUGAAGGAGAUUCUCGAUGAGUGCGGCCCGAACAUGUCUAAAGAGCAAGAGCUCGAGUAUGCUAUGCUUUUUGCUAAGUGGAAAGAGGCCGAACCUAUUACCAAUCGCGUGAUGGCCUCCAUCCCGGAGCCUCUUUUUGGUGGACGCAUUAACGUAGUACAGAGUUAUGGUCCUGAUACGCUAGCUGCAAUGGAUUCUCGAAGACAAAGAAGGGCAGAAAACCCAAAGUAUUAUGGAGAAGCAGCAUUGAACGAAUACAUCGAACGUCAAAAGAGUACAUGGGGGCCGUGUGAGAUUUGUUUUAAGGCUGGUGACCAUAUUAGUUUGUACUGCCCAUAUCGUGACUAUGUCCCCGAAGGCGCAUCUGUUGGCCCUGGCGUUGAACUAGUUUGUCGGAAUUGUGGACUUCCGGACCAGCACCCUGGUGCUAAACGUGCUAUUCGCAAGUCGUGUUUCAUUUGUGCAUCAGACCACUGGGGUACUGAUUGCCCGCGUGCUAAACAGCAUAAAACGGUUCCAUAUAAUCCCUUUCCCUUCAGCGACCGCUGAAACUGGUGUUACAAGGGGAUUUGGUUAUGUUAAUUUUGUAAUCAGGGCUUGAUGCCCUUCUGAUUAUAUCUCCUUGUAUCUUGAAAAACUUUCGGAUUAGUAGGAAGACUUAUUAUCAUGUAUCAGAAUGGAAUACAUAUGAAGUUAUCUGUUUCAUUUCUGUGUAAUUAGUAAGUGAGCUUUGGAGGUUGUCUAUGGCUUCGAAA